AUUUUUUAAGGGGCGUGCAAAAAGGACCGGAGGGAGUAGGUAUAUAUUAUACUAAGCAAAGUGAAACUAUUGGGCAUUAAUAUAAGAAGUGACACCACUGCCAUUCAUUUGUUCACUUUCUUCAAUUAUUGACACAGCUUACGUCACUAACCAUGACGACACACACAUCUAAGUCAAACUAAGUCAACAAAUUUGUAGUGAUCAUCUAUAUAUUAAGGCUAUUCUAUUUUCUCUAUUGCAUUACAAAAAUGGGAAAAUUCCUAAGAACUGCUUUUGCUCUUAUGUUUCUCCUUCUAUUGCCACUAACUCUCAAAGUUACUGGUUUUCGAACAUUGCUAUAUAAUUACAACACCAUUUCAGAUGGUGUAGAUAGAAUUCAGAAGCAAUCGUCGUUCAUACGUCUGUAUACAACAGAUUCAACAGAUAAGUGUGAGCAAAUGUAUGGAUUUUUGCCAUGUUCAAAGAGUGUUACAGGGCAUUUUUUCCUCAUUGUUGUGUAUGAGUACUUGUUAUUUCAUGGAGAAUACUAUGUGGCCAUGGGAGGUGAAAGGAUUUUCAGGAUUCUUGGUCCAAAUAGUAUAUUUGGUGCAAGUGCAUUUCACAUUCUUGGCUUCCUGCCUGAGGCUUUGAUACUACUUGCAUCAGGGCUCUUGAACAGUAAAGAAGUUGCUCAAGAGUAUGUGUUAACUGGAGUUGGAUUGCUAGCUGGAUCAACAAUCUUGCUUCUCACCUUAAUUUGGGGAACUUGUGUUUUUGUUGGCAGUCAACAAUCAACAACUAGUAUGACAUCCAAUUCAAAUCCUUCAGCUGGUCCGAGUCACAUGCAAAAUCAUUUAGAAAGAUUUCUGUCUCAAUGGACUGGUGCAGGGCUAGUGACAGAUGUGGAAACAUGUUACACUGCAAGAAUAAUGGUUCUGUCUGUGAUUCCAUUCAUAAUCAUCCUAGCACCAACAGUCUUGCACUUAUCUGCAACCCCAGAACAAAUUUUCAUCAUACUCUGUCUUGUGGUUUCCAUUGUAUUCCUAUUGUCUUACUUCUUUUACCAGAUGUUCCGGCCAUGGAUUCAAACGAGGAGGCUAGAAUAUAUAAACCAUGAGCAAUUUGUAGUGGACGUACUAAAACAUGUACAAAAACAUACCAUAGAGAAACUCCUCCAAGAAGAUGGUUCGCCUAAUAUAUCUACUAUAAAAAAGCUAUUUGAAGAGGCUGAUCAGAAUGGAGAUGAGUUCAUAUCAGUUCCUGAGUUCAAACAGCUUUUCAUGAAAAUCAGGUCAAGAAAAUUAUAUCAGGACAAGGAUUUCAAGACGGACGAGGUAAUGGAGGAAUUUGAUCUCAACGAUGAUGGAAUGAUCGAUAUGGAUGAAUUCAUCAAAGGUUUCAUGAGAUGGAUAGAUGAAACAAAGGAUGCAAUGGGUAAAAGAUAUCAUUCCAUAAGAUCCUUGAAAGAUAUAUAUGAGAUUCUGCAACCUUGGCUCAAAAUGAAAAGGGAAGAACAUGAAAUGAUUAAACAUAUUCUAUUAGAUAUUUUUCAACAUGUCGAAAGCACUGCAGUAGGAACUCUGUACACAGAAGAUGGGAAACCAAAUAUUCCUGCUAUUAGAAAGUUAUUCAAAAGCAUUGAUCACAAUAAAGAUAAUGCCAUUUCGCGUGCUGAAUUGAAACAACUGAUAACCAAUAUCCAAUUUGGAGCUGCACCUUCGGAUGCUGAUGAAAAGGUAGACAGAAUCAUCAAACAAUUUGAUGUGAGUCGAGAUGAGAUGAUCAGCAUGGAGGAAUUUGUUACCGGAUUCUCCCAAUGUCUAAAUCCUUCUCAUUUAUCAUCAGAGUCCAAAGAGGAUAUCUUCCAAAAGAACUGGGAAACGGCAGAAAAGCUGCUGCACAAGGAGACUGAUAGAUCUGCAAUUGCAUGGAUGCAGGCCAUAUUGCUUCUGGUUAUUGGAAUAGUAAUAUUAGGACUGCUAGCUGAACCUCUCAUCAAAAGCGUAGGGAGUUUCUCCAGAGCUAUAAACGUACCUUCAUUUUUCAUCUCGUUUAUCUUAGUCCCUUUGGCUACAAAUGCAAGAAUAGCAAUCUCAGCCAUCAACGAAGCAAGUCGAAAGAAACAAAGAACUAAUUCCUUGACAUUAUCAGAGAUAUAUGGCGGGGUAUUCAUCAACAAUAUGCUCGGACUUUUCGUCCUGCUUUCAUUAAUAUAUUUCCGGGGAUUGGCUUGGAACUUCUCAGCUGAAGUGCUUAGUGUGCUACUGGUUUGCGGAAUAAUGGGAUGCAUUGCCAGUUUGAGCACAUCAUUCCCCGUUUGGGUAUCAGCCAUUGCUUUCCUGCUCUAUCCAUUCUCUUUAGUGUUGGUUUACGUUCUACAUUAUGACUUCUUUGUUUAACAAAAAUAGCUCGAGCAUAUCGGCUCUAUUGUAGUGUGAUUUCUUGAAUAAAUGGAAGGACUGGUUCUCUUUCUAGGCUUUUGGGUAAGUAUUUUUAAGACUAUCAUAUUGCUUUAUCAAUAAGAGAAUCAGUUCUUGUUCUGAUUUUUGACAAGUACUGGAUUGGAACACUCUUCGUUUCUUUUUUUCUGGGGAAAUACCUCAACGUCGAAGAUUUCUUGCUUCACCUACCUAUUGAGCAAUAAAACAC